AUGAGUCGGUAUUUUUUACUAGCGUGCACAUUGGCUCUGCAAUGUGUCGCGGCAUCCGAGGAGGACUACCUAGUCAAGGAUUUGCCCGGCCUCUCGAAUAUUCCUCCCACAGCGAGGCCAGUGAUGCAUGCGGGACACUUGGAGAUAGACGAAGAAAACAACACCGAGUUGUUUUUCUGGCGAUUCCAAAAUCCCAAAACUAACCAGACACACGACAUGCUCCACCGCGACGAGCUGAUCGUCUGGCUAAACGGCGGUCCUGGCUGUUCGUCGCUGGAUGGGGCCAUGAUGGAAACAGGCCCGCUGCGGGUCUCAGAGAAGCUGGAGGUGGAGCUGAACCCCGGAUCAUGGACACAGGUGGCUGAUAUGGUAUUCGUGGACCAGCCAGCCGGCACAGGGUUUUCGUACACCGACUCUUACGACACAGAAUUGAAACAGGCAGCACAGCAUUUCUGGCAGUUUCUGAAAACGUACUACGAGCUCUUCCCGGAGGACCGCAUGAAAAAGCUGUAUCUGGCGGGCGAGUCGUAUGCCGGCCAGUUCAUUCCAUACUUCGCAAACGAAAUCGUCGAGAACAACUCGCUGAAUGUCACUCUAGAGGGCUUGUUGAUUGGCAACGGCUGGAUCGACCCGGAUAUCCAGUCUCUGUCGUACGUUCCGUUCAGCCUGGAGGCUGGCUUUCUGGACCGCCAAAGUCCGUCGAUGUCGCACGUUCUCAAGCAGCACGAGAAAUGCCAGCAGGCCAUCGACGACCCUUCGAAUCGCGAUUUUGAGAAACUGGAAUGUGUCAAGAUAUUCCAUAGCAUUUUAGCAGCAACAAAAGACGAAACCAAGCCCGCCAAAGAACAAUGUGUCAACAUGUACGACUACCGCAAACACGAUUACUUCCCUGCAUGCGGAUCCAACUGGCCAGAAGGCCUGCCCGCCGUGACCGACUUCCUGAAUCUGGACACUGUCCAAAAAGCCCUGAACUUGAAAUCGCCCAAGAAAUGGCACGAGUGUGACGGGAAGGUCGAGUUUUUCUUUCAGCCAGAGCACUCUGCCAAGUCGUUCGACCUGCUGCCGAAACUGCUGGAGAAGAUGAAAAUCACCCUGUUUGCCGGCGACAAGGACGUCAUUUGCAACCACAAAUCAAUAGAAAUGCUGAUUGAAAAAUUGCAGAUCACGCCAGGACAGGUCGGCUUCACUAAGAGCAGGAAAUUUGGCUGGAUCUACGAUGGACAAGAAGUGGGCGAAAUCGAGUCGCAGUCGAACCUCACGUACGUCAAGGUGUUCAAUUCGUCGCAUAUGGUGCCUUACGACCUGCCGGAGGUCAGCAGAGGACUGUUUGAUAUAAUCACCAAUUCUGUCGAGAAACGGUCGACAGACAUUGUGACGCCCGUUUACGACAGCAGGGGGGAUUAUAAGUUUGUGGAGGAGAAGCAGGACACAGAUCAAGACGAGGAAGAAGAGAAUGAAAAACCAGCCAACCACCACCACAGCCUCACGUUUUACGUGGCAGAGCUGGUGAUUCUGGCGGUGCUGGCAUGUCUGCUGUACAGCUUCUACAGGUCAUUCGCCAAAUCGCGUAAGUCUGCAUUCCUGUCACUGUCUUCCAGGAAAAAGAAGAAGAAACAGGUGCAUUGGUUUGACGAGAGCGACAUAGGAAUGGAGCAGGAAGCCGGCGAGCCAGAUCACAAGCCUAAAAGCAUGUUGGAGUCGGUGUUCAACAAGCUGGGCUAUGGAGGACAGUAUGACACGGUGCGGGAGAAUCCCGACAUCGAGAUGGCGCCGGUCGAAGAACACGAAGACCAAUUUAUUAUUCAAAGCGACGAGGAAGAGUUUGGCAACAGAUAG